AUGCUGCGAUCUCAAAGAUUGAAGUUUUGUCGGAAAAACAUAUCUUAUAAUUUUGGUAUUGCCCUAGAGGCGGAGCAAGAGGCCAACGACAAUGCCGACGACAAUGCCGACAACAACCCAGACGCAGAGGCAGAGGAAGACGAGACAGAAGAAAAAGUCUGGUACGAAAAGGGCAAACUGCUGGAGCCACUCAACAAAGUGGCCUUUAGCACGAUUGUCUUUGACGAAUGCCAGUACGUGCGGCGUCCACUCUCGACAUACGGCUGGCUGGCCCGCCUGCUGCAAGCCGAUGCUAAGAUCCUUGCGUCCGCGACACCAUUCCUCAAUAUCAUUCAGGACAUCUGGGGGGCUCUGACGAUCCUGACCGAACACGCGAAAAUCGGCCGCUGCUUUUAUCUCGUGUCCUUAAUUGCUGUCCAGUUACGCCUCCUUUACACAUUCGUCACCUAUCAUUGUUUAGGGGAGUUCCUCCGCCAGGAUUUAGACAAUUACCUAAGCUAA